CAGCUGUAUCCUACGUCAGUGUAGGGCUGCUUAUUACAAUGUAGGAGUCAAAAUAAAACAGCCUUUUAAUCCAAAUAUUGUGUAUUUCCUAGAAAAUAGUACCGGGAAAAUACUGAAUAGUAGACUAAAAGUCGGGUACAAACCAGGAACCGAGGUUCAAUUGAAAAAAAAAAAUCGUGUAAUGUUUCGGUAGAAUUCGGAAUAAACCGGCAAUGCGGAACGCAGCACUAAAAGUGCGUAAAAACUACAUUACCCAGGUUCACGCUCGCAGUGAAUUAUGGGUAGCUAAUAAUGAAAAACUCUCCAGUUCCUUUUUAAAUAAAGGCACUUGUAUUUUUACUCCUGUUCUUGUAUAAUAUAUUAAAAUUAAGAGGCACCAUAGCAUGUACCCAUAUUUUAAAGAUGAAUAAUACAAAAGAGCUAGAAGUGGAAACCGAAAGCAUUUCUGUAUCAUGCGGGGGAGACGAAAAUGAUUUAUUCACAACCUUCCAAGUCUCGUUCUUUGCAAUGUGCCGAUUGGGGUCGUUCCCGUGGAGCGAGUUUGAGGGGAAGCUGAAGAGUUCAGAUUCAUCACCAGUGCUACAGGAGAUACUAAAGAAGACUGUCUGCCAUCCAGUUUGUAGAAGAAACCCCCCCUCUGUCAAAUACAGAAGGCUGUUCCUGCAAGAAAUUAUAAAAAGGCAUGAAGCCACCGUGACAGAACCCAUGGACGAGUUGUAUGAUGCCUUGGCUGAGGUUCUGGGAGCAGAGGAAGGAAAAGUUUGUCAUAAAAACUACCUCCUGCCCUCCGGGGACUUUGUGAGCCUGACAGAGAGCGUGGCUGUCAUCUCUGAAGGGACGACAGGCCUGGUCACGUGGGAGGCAGCUCUCUGCUUGGCAGAAUGGGCAUUGGAGCUCCCACAAGUCUUCAAAGACAGGUCAGUGCUGGAGCUGGGCAGUGGAGUGGGGCUGACUGGCAUCGCUUUGUGUAAAUCCUGUAGCCCCAAGAGGUACACAUUCAGCGACUGCCACCCCACCGUGCUUCAGCAGCUGCAGAGGAACGUGGAGCUCAAUGGCCUGGCUCUAAGGGGGAGCUCAGUGGCUGACUCGAGCUUAGCCGAUGUGGGGGUGGCAGUGGAGGGACUGGACUGGGCAGCUGUGUCUGAAGAGCAGCUUCAGGAUCUUCAGGCUGACGUUGUGAUAGCCUCAGAUGUGGUUUAUGAUCCAGAGAUUGUCUGCUGUCUAGUGGGGCUGCUUUCAAAACUUUUAUCCUGCACAGUCAAGGACAGCAUCCCUGAAGUUUACAUUUCUUCGACAAUCCGCAACCCAGAGACGUACAGCCUCUUCAAGACGGAACUCGGUAAAAUUGGGAUCAGACAGCAAGCCAUUCCAGGUCCUACAAAACAGGUGUUCCCCUAUAACAGAGCCUCGAAAAUAGAAAUUAUGAAAUUGUAUUUAUGAAAUAAAAAAAUCUUUGUUGCAAA